AUGAAACCACCUAUUCUUAAACUAUUGCCUUUGAGCAGUAUUGCCGUUAAGCUCUCUACACUCUUCAUAAGGCAGAUAUCUAAGCCCAUAGCCAAUCUUAUCAAAGCCGAAGCCAAAAAUCAUCCUGGAUUCAAAAGGUUCUGUGUAAGAGUCGCACAGAAUAUUCAUUUCUUUGAUAAUCGAUUGAAAGAGAAACUUCUUGGUCACUCUAUGAGGCCUAUUCGUCCCUUGAACGAGGCCCGUGCCAUCGCGAAUGGUGCUAAUUUCUUGAGUGAAGCGUUUAUCUUUUCCGUUGGUUCUGGUGCACUUUUAUUAGAGACUAACAGGCAGAGACAGAAGGAAAAGAAUCGCAGAGAGGCCGUGGCUGACGAUAUAGCCAUGUUGCAGGAAGAGAUAGAAGGGAUUAAGAAACAGUUGGCCGAUUAUAGCAUUAAAAUAGACGAUUAUCGAGCUCCGGCAAAUUAUAAACCUUUUGUUUUGCGCAUAGCUGAAGACGGAACUGUUCUUCCUGGGACUAAUAACCACAAAGAAGGUGAUUCCGACUACCAGUCUCUUAGAAAGUCCGUAGGCCAAGAUAUGAAACAAUUGAACGACAACCCGGGUGAAACCGUGGGUUCAUCCGACUCCACUAUGGCAUCAAAUAUCAAGUUUGUUUAA